UAAUCAUCAUCACCAUUCACCACCACAGAAAUCAUCAUUUCUUUCUAGCACUAGACAUAGAUAUUUAUGUUUUUACAUUCCCUAUCUCAUUCCGCCACCACUUUCGUGAGAAAAAACAUUUGAUAUUUCUAAGUAAGAAUGCUGUUAUCUCUUGUUCUUGUUGUGUUUCUUAUUCCCCUGCAUGUUCACUCUGUUUCCUCCUCUGCCGCUUUUAGUGAUGAUCUUCUUGGUCUAAUCGUGUUCAAAGCGGACCUCAGUGACCCUCUCUCCAAGCUCACUUCUUGGAAUGAAGAUGAUGCUUCCCCCUGCAAUUGGUUCGGCAUCAAAUGCCAUCCCUACACCAACAGGGUCACGGAGCUUCACCUUGAUAACCUCUCACUCUCCGGUCACAUCGGUAGAGGCCUCCUUGGACUAGAGUUUCUCCACAAAUUAUCCCUCUCCAAUAACAACUUUACUGGCCCCAUCACACCUAUUCUCUCCCAGUUUGAUAACUUGCAGGUGAUUGAUCUCAGUCACAACGCCUUCUCUGGUUUCAUCCCUCAGCAGCUCUUUGUGCAAUGCAGAUCAUUGCGUGUUAUUGCACUUGCCAACAAUCAUCUCACUGGUCCAAUCCCUGAUACUUUCUCUUCAUGUUCAACACUCAAGGGGGUUAACUUCUCAUCUAAUCGCCUUUCAGGCCAGUUGCCUUCUGGGAUUUGGUCUCUUAAUGCUCUCCGUUCGCUUGAUCUUUCUGAUAAUUUGUUGGAAGGCGUGAUACCUCGAGGAAUCCAAAGUCUGUAUGACUUGAGAGCUCUGAGCUUGAGGAAGAACAACUUCAUUGGACAACUACCCGACGACAUUGGAGGAUGCUUAUUGUUGAAAUCACUAGAUUUUAGUAACAAUCAUUUGUCUGGGGAACUUCCUUGGUCGAUGCAGAAACUUAGUUUGUGCAAUUCUCUUUAUUUAGGAGGAAAUUCACUCUCUGGUGAAUUCCCCGAUUGGAUAUCUAAUAUGAGAAGCCUCGAGACCUUGGAUUUGUCUGUUAAUAGUUUUUAUGGUCAACUUGCAUACUCAAUAGGAGAGCUUCAAUUCUUGAAACAACUGAAUUUGUCUAGAAAUCAAUUCACUGGAAGCUUACCUGAGUCGCUGAAAAAUUGUAUAUCACUUAAAACUGUGGAUGUUAGCUGGAAUUUGUUGGCCGGUAAUCUUCCUCCAUGGAUUUUUGAGUUAGGAUUGGAGACUAUUUCUCUUUCGGGGAACAGGUUAAAUGGAAGUGUUGAAUAUCCUUUAAGUAUGUUAAUGUCAGCUUCCUAUCAAAGUAUUCAGGUCAUAGAUUUGUCUUCUAAUGCAUUAUUUGGUGAAAUUCCAUCUGGUGUUGGAAACUUAAGUAGAUUACAGUUCUUGAAUAUGUCCAGGAACUUUUUGUUUGGUACCAUCCCUGGAACUUUUGGUGAAUUAAAAGCGGCACGCGUUCUUGAUCUGAGUCAUAAUUGGCUUAAUGGAAGCAUUCCCUCUGGCAUUGGCGGUGCAGCAGCAUUACUGGAACUGUGGCUGGAGAAUAACUUUUUGACUGGGGAGAUCCCACUUGAGAUUGGAAAUUGCUCAUCUCUCACCACUUUAAUCCUUUCUCAGAACAAUCUUACAGGGCCCGUACCAGUGGUAAUCGCGAAUCUCACUGAACUCCAGACUGUAGAUUUUUCCUUUAACCAGUUGUCUGGAAGCUUACCCAAAGAGCUGAAGAACCUUUCUUACCUCCAUAUUUUUAACAUUUCCCACAAUAACCUACAAGGUGAAUUGCCUGUUGGUGGCUUCUUUGACACCAUACCUCUUUCUUCAUUAGCUGGUAACCCAAGCCUAUGCGGCUAUGUUAUGAAUAAUUCAUGCAAUGCCACCCAUCCAAAACCUAUUGUCCUCAAUCCAGAUUCAUCUUCUGGCUCCUCCAAUCAUGGUUCUCUCUCGCCUAGUUUCCACCAUAAAAAAAUCGUACUCAGUAUCUCUGCUCUUGUUGCUAUUGGUGCAGCCAUCUUGAUAGCUCUUGGAGUUCUAACAGUUGCUAUCUUAAAUCUGCAUGCUCGUUCUGCCAUGCCAGGUGCUAACACAUCCCUUAAUUCAUAUGGCGGGGAUGAAUUUAGCCCUGCCCAUACAAGUGAGUCCAACUACGGAAAGCUUGUUAUGUUUGCUGGUGAUUCUGAAUUCGUCGAUGGGGCUCAUGGACUGCUCAACAAAGAUUGUGAAAUUGGGCAUGGUGGCUUCGGCAUUGUCUAUGAAACAGCUCUUCGAGAUGGACGCUCAGUUGCCAUCAAAAAGUUAAAUGCUUCUGGUCUAAUGAAAUCCCAAGAUGAUUUUGAGAGGGAGGUCAAGAAGCUUGGAAAGAUAAGGCACCAGAAUCUUGUAGCCCUCGAAGGGUAUUACUGGACUCAAUCUUUACAGCUGCUCAUCAACGAGUAUGUCUGCAAUGGAAGCUUGUACACGCAUCUUCAUGGCGGACAGUCUGAAAAUUGCCUAUCCUGGAAGCAGAGAUUUAAUAUAAUUCACGGGACAGCUAAAGGUCUGGAGCAUCUGCAUCGCUCGAAUGUAAUUCACUAUAAUUUAAAACCUAGUAACAUAUUAAUAGAUAGUUGUUUUGAAGCUAAAGUGGGAGACUUUGGGCUGGCUAGUCUGUUACCAUUGUUGGAUCGUUAUAACUUAAGCAGCAAGAUUCAGAGUGCACUCGGGUACAUGGCUCCUGAGUUUGCAUGUCAAACGGUAAAGAUAACAGAAAAGUGUGAUAUUUACGGGUUUGGAAUUUUGAUUCUUGAGGUAGUCACGGGGAAUAGACCAGUGGAAUAUAUGGAAGAUGAUGUGGUGGUGCUAUGUGAUAUGGUGAGGGAAGCAUUGGAUGAGGGGAGAUCAGAGGAUUGUGUGGACAGAAAGCUUAUGGGCAACUUCCCAGUGGAGGAGGCAAUUCCUGUGAUCAAGCUUGGGCUAAUAUGUGCAUCUCAAGUUCCCUCAAAUCGUCCAGAUAUGGAAGAGGUUAUCAGAAUUUUAGACUUGAUCCGAUGUCCUUCAGAAAGCCAGGGGGAAACGGAAUGAGUUUGAUAAUAUAGAGAGUCAGAGAGUAUAAGGGAUACGAGUUUUGAACAAGAAUCCAGUUUAGUUGUUGUUUAUCUCCAAAAACAGAUUUGGAAGUUAUAUAUUUUCAGCCUUUGGCUUCAUGUAUUUCUGUCUCAUCAUUCUCAGAUACUUGCUGAGGUUUAUAGUCACUAUUUAUUAAAUGUUGUCUUACAUUUUCCUGUA